UGUUAUAAAACCAUAAUCACUGUGAUCGAAGACCUUAAAAAAAAUUAAGAAAAAAGUGUUGUGUUAAAAAUGCAGUGUAAUUGUGACCAUCUCUUGGACAGUUCCAAAGACCACUACUACAACUGUAAUGUCGUGUGGGAUGAAAGCAAGAUUGGCUAUCCAUGUCCGAAGAACCAUGACGGGACACUGCGUUUGCGCAACCCGCACCUGCAACACCUGGAGCGUGACUUCAUCUACCACCUGGGCCUGGACACUGGCGCCGACGUGCCCGCCAUGUUCGGUGACGUCAAGUUUGUCUGUAUGGGCGGCACUAAGCACCGCAUGCGCGAAUUCGCUCUCCACAUAAGACAGGCGCUGGGUCUGCCUGACACAGGCAAACUGGAGAAUUUGACCAAACACGCGCAUCGCUACGCCAUGUACAAAGUCGGCCCUGUCAUCUCUGUCAGCCACGGCAUCGGAAUACCUUCCAUGAGCAUCCUUCUUCAGGAGAUGUUCAAGCUGCUCUACUACGCGCGCGCGAAGGACCCAGUGUUCUUCAGAAUAGGGACCAGUGGGGGUCUCGGUGUACCUCCGGGGUCGGUGGUUGUGUCCUCAUGGGGCCUGAAUGGGACCUUGGAGAAAAGUUACGAUAUUCCUGUGUUGGGCAAGGUGCGUAAACUGCCGUCCUUCUUCGAUGAGCGGCUGUGCCGGGAAGUGCAGUCAGUAGCCACAAACGAGGGUUACACCACUUAUAUCGGAGGCACAAUGGCUGCUGAUGAUUUCUAUCGAGGCCAAGCUCGCCUUGACGGACCAUUCUGCGACCACACAGAAGCGGACAAAAUAUCCUUCCUUCGCACUCUCUCAGAGCUAGGUGUGAAGAACAUAGAAAUGGAAGCCACAGCCUUCGCCGCGUAUACCAGGGAGGCAGGAGUGCGAGCAGCUGACGUGUGUGUCACCCUUCUGGACCGACUGCAGGGCGACCAGGUGACGUCAAGCAAAGCUACGAUGCUGGAGUGGCAGAACCGUCCUAUAGCCCUGGUGGGAAGUUUCAUCGUCAAAUGCUGCAAGCGCCGGGGUUUGGUCCAUGGUAGUCAAUGA